UGACGUCGUGCGAAGCUGCCGUGUUUUCCGUACAUCUCAAGUGAAAUUAUUUCACUUUUGCCCGCGAAUAACACGUGUUUUACCAGAAAACUGUACGCAACAAGCAAGUAAAAAUGCCGCUCGCCAAGGAUUUCUUGCAUCCGCUGCCCGCUGAGGAGAAGAGGAAGCACAAACUGAAGCGUUUGGUGCCCCAUCCCAACUCGUACUUCAUGGACGUAAAGUGCCCCGGCUGCUACAAGAUCACCACCGUCUUCAGCCAUGCCCAGAGCGUCGUGGUGUGUGCCGGUUGUUCGACGAUCCUGUGCCAGCCGACCGGUGGCAAGGCCCGUCUGACCGAGGGCUGCUCGUUCCGCAGGAAGCCGUACUAAGAAGCCCGCUAGCACCAUCCCCCGAAACCCGUGACGGUCGAAUUGAGCGCCUUCCGAUUGGAUGGGUGAUACCGCAGAGUGGAUUCAUCGCAGUGUUGGCCGGUCUAAAUGCAAACGAAUGGAUUUUAAAGGGCAAUUCCGACAUUGAGUUCCCAAAGCUAUCAGUGAGCAUUGUAUUCAUACCGAAAGGAGUGUAAUAAAGGCAGCAAUUCGAUCGUCUAA